GUUUGCAUUCGCUGAUGUCGGAGCUUGGUCUUUAGUUGCGCUCGGCGGUUAUUUGGCGGUCUUGUCACUGCUGGUCCUCAUGGCCAAGUUGUGGACAAAGGCAGGCUCCCAACGCCCCCGACAACCUGCGGAGGCUCAGGCGCUUGGCCGUGCCACGGAGUCGCUCCCGGAAUCGGUUGGACCAAUGCGACCAUCGCAAGCAGAGCAGCGCUUGGCAGAAACCCGGGAGAUGCCGUUGAAGCGCAAGCUGAAAAGGUCCCGGCAGCUGUUCGCAGCGACGAUGUUCUUGGAGUCCGGAAACCUCGUGUCAACGAUGCUCUACGCUGUGGAGGCCUUUCAACGGGCCACGCUCGUGGACUUUUCGGUGGCAUGCGGCUCCGCCGUUCUGAUGCCGCUAACAAGCGCUCACUGCCCAAGCACGAGCGAGAUCCUUCAAUUGCCACUCUGCGAUUCGACGCUGAGUUUGAACACUCUGUGCGAAGCAGAUGCCGAGGUGCUCACUGACAACUGUCAGGUGUUCAGCCCGCUGGACAACUGUAAACACUACGACGUCUACCGGAAGGAAGAGCCAGCCUGUGAAGCGAUUGGCUGUGCAGAGCUCUCCUACUUCUUGUGGAUGUCAGCUCUGAUAUGCUUCGGGGCUACGGUGGGAUGCAUCGCAGCCUUCUAUGCUCGUUGCCUGUGGGUGGGACAACGACAGGAAGCCCGGCGCCUGCAGCAGCGCUUCGCUGCAUUCUUCAUCUUCCUCGGUUGCUUGAUUAUGAUAGCACUACUUGUUGGCUUAACGGCCGGCAACGCUGCGGUCCUCUCCAUGGUCUUCCUCUGCCCUCUAAUGCCGAUCUCGGCCUGGGCCUUGGCUGGGGGAAUCGCUUUCUUGCCGGCGGCGGGAGAGGAGGCCAUCGUGAACCAGGCCGCGGGCUUAGAGCUUCCCUUCUUCAACGUAUUUCUCGCUUUGCAGUUGACCGAAGACGAUGUGGAGGACAUCCGUUCCUUUCGGGAGACUCUUGACACGGGCCUCCGAGUCGUGGAAGACGUUCCAGAGAUCGUCAUUGGCCUCCUUGACUUGGUCUAUUUUGGGGGUGCCUGGUAUACUUGGCUGGGAAUUGGCAUGUCACUGGCGAUGGUAGCAGUACACCUGGCGGUUGGCUUCUUCCUCUCGUGCAAGGAGAGCGCGAUGCAACUCGCAGAGGUGCGGCGGAACCCUCGUGACAGAGAGUGA